CGAAAUCAUUGAAAGACCGAUUUAUUAGAAACUGACAGCUUUGAGUGGAGAACAUAGGAGAGGCAUCAGUCGACCAUCGAGCGCCACGGUGCCGAAGUGGCUGGAUCCACAAGCGGCCAUUGCGAAUUCUGGGGGAGUUGCUCCGUUUGAAUUCCGGUCAAAACAAUUGCUGAUUAUUUGCGCGUAGUUCACACGCAUCUGGCUGAAUAUGAUAAAUAUCGCUGCAUAAGCAGGAGGAGACAAUAUGGCCUUUUCCUCGUCUUCGAUUUCACUUUCUCUUUGCCGCAAGCACCGUCACCAUGCCAGUGAAGGUUGACGAGCCAGCGCCUCACCGAUUCUCUACUGGGAAAGAAGUCCGUCUAGCCUGCCGUUCCGGCAGCUUCCGCGGUCCUACGUCCGGCCACUGUCCUAGUCAGAUUCAGACGAACCUCCUUGUCAUCCCCUCUCGCUUCGCCGAUGACUUUAGAGGUUUGUGCAAGCGGAACCCCGUCAGCUGUCCGCUUAUUGCGGAAAGCCUGGCACCCGGAAAUACGGGGCUCUCGAGGGACGUGGCAGAGGAUGUGGACGUGCGAACCGAUGCGCCGGGGUACAACAUUUACAAAGACGGGAAGCUGUACGCUAAAGACGUGCGGGAUUGCAAAGAGUGGUGGGCCGAGGACAGCGUAGCGUUUUUGAUUGGCUGCUCGUUCACUUUCGAACAAGCGUUGGUCGACGCUGGUCUCACUCCGCGACACCAGGAACUCGAGCGUAAUGUGCCCAUGUACAGGACCAACAUCCCUCUCUGCCCCUCAGGCAUCUUCUCCGGCACUAUGGUCGUUUCGAUGAGGCCAUACAAGCCCGAAAAGGUAGAUGCAGUCAGAGCAGUGACCCGUCCAUACAUCCAUACACACGGCGAGCCCGUUGCAUGGGGCCCGGACGCAGUGGCCCAGUUAGGCAUUGCGGAUCUUCUCAAUCCCGAAUUCGGAGAGGCACCGGUGUUAAGGGAAGGCGAAGUACCGGUCUUUUGGGGAUGUGGAGUGACCCCUCAGGUGGUAGUAAUGUCCAGUCCUGAGCUCAUCGGGUUCUCGAUCGGCCAUGGGCCUGGGAAGAUGCUUUGCCUGGACAAGGAGAUCAAAGAUAUUUUGGAGUAGCCAUUGUCAAAGUAGUAAUGGUACAGCGCCUUUUAUUAUUCAUAUUAUAGAUGCUAGUGUAGCUGCGCCACUAUCUUCACGGAGGAUGGAAAGUAUUUGAUGCUACUUUAGUUUCUUGUU